CUCCACACUGCAGGCUCCCCCCACUGCUCUCACUCUACUCUUAAGUUUUGUUUGUGUGAAAGUCCAACUUUCAGUGGCUCUUCUCCGGGAGACAUGGACAAGAACGCCUUUGUCUGUCCCAUCUGUUUGGAUCUACUGAAGGAUCCGGUGACUAUUCCCUGUGGACACAGCUACUGCAGGAACUGUAUCCAACAGCACUGGGCCCAAGAGGACAACAAGCAGGUCUACAGCUGUCCCGAAUGUCGCCAGAGCUUCAGUCCCAGGCCUGUCCUGGUCAAACACAUCAUGUUAGCAAGUUUAGUGGAGCAGCUGAAGAAGACUAGGCUCUCAGCGCCCCCUGCAGACCACUGUUAUGCCAGACCUGAGGAUGUGUCCUGUGAUGUGUGCACUGGGAGGAAGCUGAAAGCUGUCCAGUCCUGUCUGCAGUGUGUGGCCUCUUACUGUGAGCGCCACCUACAGCCUCAUCAUGAUGCUGCAGCACUACAGAAACACCAGCUGGUGGCGCCCUCACACACACUCCAGGAAAACAUCUGCUCUCACCACCACAAAGUGAUGGAUCUAUUCUGCCGCACUGACCAGCAGAGCAUCUGUUACCUCUGCUCUGUGGAGCAGCACAAGGGCCACGACACAGUGUCCUCUGCCUCAGAGAGGGCACAGAGACAGGCAGAGCUGCCGGCCAAGAGGGCCCUGCUGCUCCAGAGCCUCCAGCACAAAGAGAAAGACCUGAAGAGGCUCCAGCAGGAGCCCCAGGAGAUCAGCCGCUCUGCCCGGACAGCAGUGCAGCACAGCGAGCACAGAUUCAAAGAGAUGGCCCUUCUUCUGGAGAAGAAACGUUCUGAAGUGGAGCAGCAGAUCCGCACUGAGGAGAAGACCCAACUGAACCAAGUCCAAGAGCUCCAGCUCCAACUGCAGCAGGACGUGAGGGGGCUGAAGAGGAGCCUCUCUGUGCUGGACACACUGGCCCUCACCCAGGAUCAUAACCAGUUUAUACAGCGCUUCACUUCACUGUCAACAGACACACAGAGUGCAGGGCUGGUCAGGAGUCAUACAGAAAGGAUAAAGAAAAAGGGACCAACUUCACAAACCAGGAAUGUAACAGGGGCCCGGGGCUUUGAGAAGGUGACCAGAGCCGUAUCAGAGCUAAGGGACAGAGUCCAGCUCACUGUGGAGGAGGGUCUGGCUCCUGUGCAGCUUUUACUGUCACCAGCUCAGCCCUCCAGAGAGCACUUCUUACAGUUUGCUACACACAUCACACUGGACCCAAUCUCAGUCAACAAUCAUCUGUGUCUGUCUGAUGGAAAAAGAAGAGCAACAUAUAUGGAUGAACACCAGAAGUAUCCUGAUCAUCCAGACAGAUUCGGUGAUACAGGUAUGCCUCAGGUCCUGAGCAGAGAGAGACUGACGGGCCGCUGUUACUGGGAGGUGGAGAGGAGAGGGUAUGUCGGUGUAGCAGUUUCAUACAGAGAUAUUGAGAGGAAAAGAUCUGAGUUUGGAGGCAAUGAUAAAUCCUGGGGCUUAGACUGUCACAUGAAGACUGCACUUUUUAACUCGAAGGAGUCCCAGAUCUCAGGUCCGAUUGGGUCCAGAGUCGGGGUUUACUUGGACCACAGUGCCGGGGUUUUGGCCUUUUACAACGUCUCUGAAAGAAAGAUGAGGCUCCUCCACAGAGAGCAGACCACUUUCACUCAGCCUCUCUACGCUGGGCUCUGGUUCUGUGCUUGUAUUCCUGAAAGCUCUGCUCUUUUCCUUAAACUCAGAUAGCUCUCACAAUCUGGCUUUGUCUUUGUACCUUUGUAUCUGAUGGUGAAGUAUUUUGUGAGAGACUUUUUGAAGUUUAUGAUAAAAAAAAAAAAAAAAAAAAAAUGGUUUAAGAUGCAACAUAGAACUUUGUCCAAUCAUAGUAUACUUGAUUAAACAUGUAUCAAAUAGAAUUAAGCUCAUUAUAAACACAUGGCUUUUAAAAAUCAUAUCACACUUAAAAUGUGGCACAGAUCAUCUUUUGUUGAACUCACCUGGCAACAAUACACCCUGUAGUGUUAACAUACAGUCUGAUUUAAAUUGAUUAAUUAAUCAAAUUGUGUAACUUUCAUUCAAUUCAGUGAUUUAUUGUAUAAUAUAACAGUUUAAACUCUCAUAAUGUAAAAGUGUGUUUUGUGUUUAGUUGUGAUCAUAAUUGUCAAAUCUGUCUGUACCAGUGUGAACAGAGCAGACAUCAGUGUGUGUUUAGCGCCCCCUAGUGGUCAUAUACACACAUUGAGCUGCUCUUCUGCUGAACAUACAUAGAAUUAUUAAAUAUGUUAAGCAAUCCAUAUUAAAUAAAGUAUUUGUAAAAUA